CUUUCAUCAGCAGCAACAGUUAGUCAGACACCUCGGUAGCUUGCUAGACAAAAUAGACGAACCAAUAAAGCUCUUUAGACGCUUUAGUGUAUAUUAGCCACUGUGUUUUAAACCCACUUCUAUCGUCUAGUUAGUUAUCAGAUUUAAUUUCAUAUUUAUGGUGUAGUUAUUAGUCAGCUAGCGGGCUGGAUAAGUUAGCAUUAGCCUAGCUAGCUAACAUCUCUGACCAUGCGGUCACUAAGCUACUCCCCUGCUAAAGAAGAGCAAAAUGUCACAGUAAAACAAGAAGUAGAGGGUGAGGCUGUUGCCGUGAAAGAAGAAGAGGAAGACGUUUCAGUGAAAGAAGAAGAGGAAGACGCGUUCAGAGUGAAAAAGGAGGAGGAUGUUACAGUAAAAGAAGAGGAAGGGAAAGAGGAGGAUGCAGUUUUUGGAGUGGAGAAGGAAGGGGAGAUUACUGUCACAUUGAAAGAUGAAGAGGUGGAGGUAGGAGAUCUGAUUAACACCAGAGAGAGACGUGACAAUCGUGGAUCCUCUGGGGAGCCUCAACAACCUCAUGACGCUGACGAGGCAGAGAAGAGUCUCUCCAGAUCAGAACACCUCAAUAAACACCCACAGAGACCCACAGGGAAGAGAACUCACUGCUGCUCUGACUGUGGGAAGAGAUUCACAUCAUCAGGCAUUAAAAUUCAUCAGAGAACACACACAGGAGAGAAACCUUAUAGCUGUGAUCAAUGUGGGAAGAGAUUUGCUACAUCUGGCAAACAUCUGAGCAGGAGAGAAAAUAGCUGA